ACGAAACUUAACAUUUGUCAGAGUUUCAGCCACGCAGCAGUCGAGACGAGUCUCUAUUUGUCUCUCAAAGACAAUUCAAACAGAUUUCAUCAGGUCUUUAACAACAGCAGAGUCUCUGACAAACACUGACAUGGCUGCUGCAAACUUCCUUCCAUCUGAAGAUCAGUUUCUGUGCUCCAUCUGUCUGGAUGUGUUCACUGAUCCUGUCACCACAUCAUGUGGACACAACUUCUGCAAAACCUGCAUCACUGAACACUGGAAUCAUAACAACCAGUACCUGUGUCCAGUGUGUAAAGAGGUUUUUGACACGAGACCUCAGCUGCAGGUCAACACGUUCAUCUCUGAGAUGGUUUCUCAGUUCAGACAGUCAGCUCAACAGAAAGCCAGCAGCAGCAGCUCAGAGCAACAAGUGUCCAAACCAGGAGAAGUUCCCUGUGACGUCUGCACUGGAACCAGACUGAAGGCCCUGAAGUCCUGCCUGGUGUGUCUGGUCUCCUACUGUCAGACUCACCUGGAGCCUCAUCUGACAGCUUCAGGUCUGAAAAGACAUCAGCUGAUCGACCCUGUGGAGAACCUGGAGGACAGGAUGUGUCUGAAGCACAAUAAACUUCUGGAGCUGUUCUGUAGGACCGACCAGAUGUGUGUCUGUGUCCUCUGUCCUGUUUUAGACCACAAGAUGCACGAGUUUGUUCCUCUGAAAGAGGAAUCUGAUGAUAAGAAGGCAGAACUGAAGAAGACGGAGGCUGAAAUUCAGCAGAUGAUCAAGAAGAGACGUCUGAAGAUUCAGGAGAUCCAACAGUCAGUCAAGCUCAGUAAGAACGAUGCAGACAGAGAGAUAGCAGAAGGUGUUCAGGUCUUCACUUCUCUGAGGGAAUCUGUUGAGAGAGGUCUGAUUGAGCUCAUCAAAACAACAGAAGACAAGCAGGAAACAAUAGAGAAACAGGCCGAGAUUUUCAUCAAAGAGCUGGAACAAGAAAUCUCUGAGCUGAUGAAGAGAAGGACUGAGGUGGAGCAGCUCUCACAGUCUGAAGACCACCUCCAUCUUCUCCAGAGUGUCCACUCCCUAAACAUCCAACAACCACCACCCACCAAGGACUGGACAGAGGUCAGCACCCGUCCUUCGUCAUAUGAAGGAACUGUGAUGAGAGCUGUGGCUCAGCUGGAGGAAACACUCAGUAAACAGAAGAAGAAGCUGCUUGAAGCUGAGCUGAAGAGGGUCCAGCAGUAUGCAGUGGAUGUGACUCUUGAUCCUGAAACAGCACAUCCUGCUCUCAUCUUAUCUGAUGAUGGGAAACAAGUAAAACUUGGUGGCACAAAGAAGAAUCUCCCAGACAUCCCAGAAAGAUUCCAUUUUAAUCCUGGUGUUUUAGGAAAGCAGAGUUUCUUUUCUGGAAAACUUUACUUUGAGGUUGAAGUAAAAGGAAAGACUCAGUGGGAUUUCGGAGUGGCCAGAGAGUCGAUCAACAGGAAGGGACUGAUCACACUGAGUCCUGAGGAGGGUUACUGGACUCUGUGUUUGAGAAAUGGACAUGAGUUCUAUGCUGCUGCUGACCCUUUAGUCCGUCUGUCUCUGGUCUCUCGGCCUCAGAAGGUGGGGGUGUUUGUGGAUUAUGAGGAGGGUCUGGUCUCCUUUUAUGAUGUAGAUGCUGCAGCUCUGAUCUUCUCCUUUACUGGCUGCUGCUUCACUGAGAAACUCCUCCCAUACUUCUGUCCUGGUCUUAAUGAUGCUGAUAAAAACUCUGCACCUCUGAUCAUCUCUUCUAUUGGAGAUGCCUCCGCCCUUCUCGCUCAGCCCAUGAUGGCCCAACCUCUGCAAUUACUUCCUGUUUCCUUCCUGGAAUCUAUGCCCUCCUUCGAGAUGCCCGAGAUCGAACCUUCCGAGUUCAUCAGAUAUUACGAUUCUAGUCCCAGUCCAACCUACGAUUUCAAGAUGCCAGAAUUUUCAUAAUAAUAUAAAAAACCCUAAUAUGUCAGGCUGAACUCUUUGGUUAUAUUUUUCUAUGUAAUGUGCAGCUUCACAAAAUAUAGUGCUGGAAGUUUCAUUUAAGAUUAAGACCCAAUAGUUUCUACAGAAAACAUUGUGUGUCAUUGUUAUACUGGGCACGAAAAAGUAAUGGCUAAAGUUAAUUCAUGGACUAAAUGUUAAUAGCAUUUUCUCUUUCAUUUAGAUGGUGUUUUGUGUAUUUACUGGUCAUUUCCACCACUUCUGUGUUUUGUUUAGUGAACACUGGAAAAGGUGGCUUACGGUGGCAAAUAGAUCUGUAAAUAUGUGAUUGUUAAAUAACAAACUGUGAAAUAAAUCAGUUAUUGAACACACAGUCUGAGGAAGAAGUGAACUGAGCACCAAACACUGAAUGAG